AAAUAAAUGCAUAUGUACAUAUGUACCUACCUGUAAAUCGCAGUCAAAAAACUGGCUUACUUAAGUAUGUACACACUUACACAGACAUAUACUUAAAAAUCAAUAAAACAAUAAACAAAUCUUAAAUCAAAGUACAAAGACCAAUAGCGGCAUCUUUUUUCUCUUCCAUUCUCCUCUCUUCCAGGAGUUGCAUUCUUCGAUAAGCAAGAGGGGAUACUGACCUUCUGUCUGACAUCGAGAGGCACUGUUUCGACGACAACUAAAACAUUCUUGCCUAGUGAAACCGCCGCUGAGCCCGAGAUAAGUGCAGAUACGCCAGCCUAUUAUAGAACGCGAGACGAAGACGACGACGCUUCAAUAAACAAUAACUGCAAGCAAAUAUACGACGCAAACAAAUCUGAAGCAGCUAGCGCAGUUGUAGUAUUGCAACAGCCAACAGUAAGUAAAUCUACUACAACCACAGAAGUUACGAAAUCGGUAGCGAACAACAACGGCACAAUCAACACUUUAACGCCAACACGCACAGAGCACGAUUUGCGUUCGUUGGAAAACCAGUGUCUCACAGCGUCUGGUUUUGUACAGAAGGCCCUUAAAGUAAACCCAGGUGACUCACAGAGAUCGGCCCCUCCCAUAAGCACACAGAACAAUCAGAGCAAAGCACUACUAAUGGCAUCCAGCGCUAAUUUGAAUAGUACAGGUGCUGCGGCGGCACACCCAACGACGUCCGAGAAACAGCCUUGGCCCAAUACGAAGGAUGACUACGAAUUGCGCGAUGUGAUCGGCGUUGGCGCGACUGCUGUCGUGCAUGCCGCACUAUGCCUGCCACGUAACGAGAAAUGCGCCAUCAAGCGCAUCAAUCUGGAGAAGUGGAACACUUCUAUGGAUGAAUUGCUCAAAGAGAUACAGGCGAUGUCGUCCUGCAAUCACGAAAAUGUCGUAACCUAUUACACAUCGUUUGUGGUGCGCGAGGAGUUGUGGCUGGUGUUGCGUCUGCUCGAGGGCGGCUCACUGCUGGACAUUAUCAAACACAAAAUGCGCACUUCGAAUUGCAAGCAUGGCGUCUUCGAUGAAGCGACCAUCGCUACAGUUUUGAAAGAGGUACUCAAAGGUCUUGAGUAUUUCCACUCGAACGGACAGAUACAUCGUGACAUCAAGGCGGGUAAUAUACUGAUUGGUGAUGAUGGUACUAUACAAAUUGCCGACUUUGGCGUUAGCGCUUGGCUAGCAACCGGACGUGAUCUGUCGCGCCAGAAGGUGCGUCACACGUUCGUGGGCACACCAUGUUGGAUGGCGCCCGAGGUCAUGGAACAGGAUCAUGGCUAUGACUUUAAAGCCGACAUUUGGUCAUUUGGCAUCACCGCUAUCGAAAUGGCAACUGGCACCGCACCCUACCACAAGUAUCCACCCAUGAAGGUGUUGAUGCUGACGUUGCAGAACGACCCGCCCACACUGGACACCGGCGCUGAUGAGAAGGAUCAAUACAAGGCAUACGGCAAGACAUUCCGAAAAAUGAUUGUUGAGUGUCUGCAAAAGGAGCCCUCGAAGCGACCCACCGCCAGUGAACUGCUGAAGAAUGCCUUCUUCAAGAAGGCCAAAGAUCGUAAAUAUCUCACGCAAACACUGCUCGCCACUGGUCCAUCUAUGGAGACGCGCGUACACAAAGCCGCGAAACGGCAACCGGGCGCCUCCGGUCGACUACAUCGCACCGUCACCGGCGAAUGGGUGUGGUCGAGUGAAGAGGAAGACAACGGCGGCAAGCAUCACUCCUCAGACUCCGAAUCUGACGAUCGACCCAUCAAUCGUCUCGAACAUGCCGACUCAUCAGAUAGCGAACAUGAUGACUACUCGGAGACUACAGCAACCGCAACGGAACCUGCACCGCAAUCCGCAAUCGUGAAUGCACCAACAACAACAGCAGCUGUGAAUAUACCAACAACAGCAACAGCCGCUGUAAAUAUACCAACAACAGCAACAGCAGCGGUUAAUAUACCAACGCCUGCUGCAGCUUACGCACAGCCAGCAGAUUCUGCGAUAGCACAACCAGCAGAUUCUGCGAUAGCACAAGCCAUGGCCGGAGUGGCGCAAAUGCCGAUGCCCUCAUCGUUGGUGCCAGAUGUCGGUGAGGCACCGCCGGUCAAUCUUGUGCUGCGCAUGCGCAACCAGCGACGCGAAUUACACGAUAUACGCUUUGAGUUUGCAGUAGGCAAAGACUCUGCCGAAGGCAUUGCCAUGGAGUUGGUCGACGCCGGACUCGUCGACGCGUUGGACACGCAACCAAUGGCUGUGCAUCUGCAACAACUGAUUGACCAACGCGCCGCGCUCAAAACUAUCACGUUCCAAUUGAACUCUGGCGUGCAGCCGGGUGAAGUGCUCGACGAUCGCUCACUGGUGGGGUAUGCACAGAUAUCGAUAACAGAUUAGGAGGAACCGGUGGUGAACGAACCAGCGGAAAGUGACGUUAAAGACACAAAAAACUAUUAGCGUGUACGUGGAGUUUGUUUCACUCUGCAGUUUAAUGGGGUUAAAUUUAUAUUUUUGUAAUCACUUCAAUAGUGGAGUAAACUGUAGUUUUAAAUUAAAAAAAAAUAAAAAAUUUUAGACUUUUGCCAAACACUGAAAAGCCAGCGCAUAGCGUAGGAAAAUUAAUAAUUUUAAAAUUUAAAAUAAAUUAUAUAACAUUAAAAAAUUUUGGGCAUAAAACUAUUCAGCUGAUUAGUUAAGCGCUUUGUUUGCAAACAGAAAAAUUGCGGGAUAGGGAUGCGCAAAGUAGUGAACACACAGAGUGAAGAAGAAAAUUGAAAGUACUUACGAUUACAUGUUUGCGAUACUUGUAAUUAUUUAUUGUAUUGUAUUUUUUUUUUUAAUUAGGGUAAAGCGCCGUUCUUAUGCAGCCACCUAAAAGUAAUUGGAGCUGGACAAAAUACUAGCUGUAGCCUUUAAAUGGUAUAACUUUAAUUAGAAGUUUAGUUUGCGGUAAAGCUUGGUAGAGCGUGCUUAUUUGUAUGUGUAUGUAUGCCACAAAAAAAAAAAUAAAUAAAUAAAAGAAAAUCUGUAUUCACUCCGUUAAAAAGGUUUUUUAAAAAUAUAUUGCAAUGUUUUUUUUUCUUGGAAACCAGCGCCUCUCAAAUGGAGUAAAAAUUGCGCUGUUGCAAGUAAAUGUACUACGUUUACAAAAUUAUAAGUAAGUUUAAAAAAAAAAAUAUUGUUAAAUUACUGUUAGUUUGAAAAUGUAUUUAAUGUAAUAAUUGUGAACGUAGCCUUAGUCAUUUAGUGAGUUGUAUGCGAACAUUCAUGAUUUACAAAUGUACAUAUAUGUACAUAUGUACGUAUGCAUAUGCUUAUAUGUACAUACAACCAUAUGUUAAUUAACAGUAUAAAGUGGAAUUAACUGCAUAAUAUGCAAAGCAACGAAGGAAGAUUCAUAAAUUGUAACAACUGUUAUCAGCUGCAAGCCACAUCCAUACAUAAUGCUUUCACACGAUGGCGCCUAAAAGCGUGCUAUGUCAACAAGUUCGCGAAAUGUAGAAGGACGGAAGGGAAGUGGCUUUAUUUUGGGUAUAUUUUUGAAAGCUGUGUCAGCUGAUGCAUUAAAACCUAAAGAAGAUAAUUUUAUUGAUUUUCAAACACAAAGAUUAAAUAGUAGCUACGCCGAAAAAUAAAGGAAAAGCCUUAAAAACGACAAUUUUAAAAAUCUUAAAAACCUUUUUUUAAAAAAAUCAUCAAAUGCCCUACACAUUAAAUAGGGUGAAAUAACAAUAAUUACUUACGAUGCCUCAAAAUUAUUUAUUUAAAAU